GUGCGCUCGCGACCAUGAGCAGUGCGACGCUCGACUAUGGCGACUUGGACCUUCUCCGCAUCGCGGCAGCGGACGUUGUGACGACGCGCAAAAUGGCGUCCGGGGCGUACGGCGAGAUCUUCUUCGGCGAGUACGACGGCAAGCCCGUGGCCAUCAAGACGCUGUUGACCGGCCACAGCAAACGCGUCUGGAUUCAAAACGUCAUCGACGAAAUCAACCUCCUCGGACGGCUGGACUCGCCGUAUAUUGUCUCGCUGGUCGGCGCUGCGUGGACGCGCGCCACGAACCUCCAGUGCGUCCUCGAGUACAUGGACCUCGGCGACAUAAGGAUUUUUGGGCCAAGACGCCGCCUCGUGUACCUCCACUCGAUGAAGGUCAUCCACCGCGACCUCAAGUCCCGCAAUGUGCUCCUCGACUCAGCGAAAGGUACCAAACUCACGGAUUUCGGCAGCUCGCGCGAGGCGACGACCGAGACGAUGACGCCCGAGAUCCUCCAGUACAACCAGUACACGGUCGCCACCGACGUCUACGCGUUCGGGAUCAUUCUCUCGGAGCUCGACACGCACCUUGUGCCGUACGGGGACCGCAUCAACGACCGCGGCCAAGGGCUCGUGGAGACGGCGAUCAUGAGCAUGGUCAUCGACGACGAGAUCCGACCGACGUUCACACCCGAGUGCCCCAUUUGGUUUCGCGACCUCGCGCUGCAGGGCUUGGUGCAUGACCCGGAACGUCGCCCCACCAUGAUGCAGGUCUCACAUACCUUGACCACGCACCUCAACUGAGCAUCCAUGCGACCAUGGUAGUAGUCGUAGCGGUAGCCGUAAUAGCAGUAG